GUAGAGGAACACAUUUACUGUUGACAGCCAUCUGAGUGACAGAAGCAAAAGAACAGAUAAAAAUCAUGGAGGGAGGUGACACAGGUGGAAAGGAAUGAAAAUACAGUGGGCGGGGAGAGGAUACUCUCAGACGGAGAGGAAAAAAAACAGAUAAGAAAAACCGGCAAAGGAAUUUGUGAGAGGAACUGAAAGCAGAGGAGGCCGGUUUAGAGAGGAGGAGCACCGCAGAGACAGGAAGGUUACACAUGCAGAGGAAUUAAACAAAGCUCAGACAGAGCCAGGAGGGGAAAGGUUGGUUAACUGCAGGUCUUUUUUUUACCUUAGCUAAUUACCACUUUGCUCUUACUGCAGCACCAGAAAGGCAGGGAGAAAACAGCAAUCAGAGAGAACAGAAAACGGAGACAAGAAGCAGCCAAGGAGAGAGUACUAACAGCAGUUAAGAAGUCGAGUCAAGAUUAAUUGAGGAAGAGAAACCAAAAGCAGAGACGAGCCUCAGAGGAGCGGAAAAAAGUAAGAAAACAGUAGACGUCCAUUGACAAAGAGGUGAACUCAACUCCACGGACUCCUGACAUCAGCAAAACAAAGGGGGGAAGGAGAGCGGCUGUAAAGAGGUCACUGUGGUCCAUGUGCUGCGUGCCUGAGCAAGUCUACUAUGCAAGCGAGACAACACAGAUAAACAAACCAAAACACAGUGUCUCUGUUCAUCUCCAAAAGACAGUGUUCCCUGCAGCAGCACCAUGUUGAUGAAAGAGUAUCGCAUAUGUAUGCCACUGACGGUGGAGGAGUACAAGAUUGGGCAGCUCUACAUGAUCAGUAAGCACAGCUGUGAGCAGAGCGGUGGGGGCGAAGGAGUGGAGGUGGUGAGGAAUGAGCCGGAUAUUCACCCUCAGCAUGGUCCUGGACAGCUGACCGAGAAGAGAAUCUACCUCACCAGUAAACUGCCGUCCUGGAUUAAAGCUUUUGUGCCACGAGUUUUCUAUGUGACAGAAAAGGCGUGGAACUUCUACCCCUACACCAUCACAGAGUACUCAGUGUCGUUCGUCCCGAGGUUCAGCAUCCGCAUUGAGACAAGGUUCGAAAACAACAACGGCAGUAACAACAAUGUGUUUGGGGACAAGCCAACCCCAGAGGGGGACGUUUGCUUCCUGGACAUCCUAGCUGACCCCAUCCCGGACAAGCACUACAAAGAAUCGGAGGAUCUGAGUCUCUGGCGGUCAAAUAAAACCAACCGAGGGCCUCUGGAGAAAGGCUGGAGGGACAACCACAGCCCCAUUAUGUGCUCCUAUAAGAGAGUGCAGUGCAGCUUCGAGGUCUACGGCUUCCAGACCAGGACGGAGGAUUUCUUGCACAGAAUUGUUAAAGACAUUCUUCUGGUCGGCCACAGGGAGGCAGUCGCGUGGGUUGACGAGUGGCACGGGCUCAGCUUGGAGGAGGUGAGAGAGUACGAGAAAACAAUGCAAGAGAAGACCAACAGCAAAGUCAAAUCCAACCAGAACAACUCAGGCCCACAGGAUUCCUGCGAUCGUCCUGCGAUCUCCCGGUCCAUCUCCGUGACAGACGAGCGUUCCCUGAAGAAGAUGGGAGUGCCGACGGUGGACAUGUCUGACAAGUCAGCCUCCUCUGUGCUGCACUGUCCCAUUCGCCUCAACUCCACCCCGGAGUGAUACCUCUCUGCCCAACGGCAACACAGAAGACAAAGUCUAACUUUGUGUCAAUGCCAGCAGCAACGGUUAUGUGAUGUUAUUUGUCAAAAUGCAACAACAGUCACAGAAGCUCUGCAGGCAUUGUUUAAAAUAAAUAUAUAUUUGGAGUGCAGUUACAUAGGUAUGGAAAGCUAAACGUGCUAAAGUCCAAUAAAUAAAACCUUUUGAAAAUAUUUAUACGUUAUGUUCACAUUAUUAAUAAAUCAUUUGUAUUCACAUUUAUAUUUUCAAUAGUGGCUUAAAAAGGACACUAUCCAAUGAUUUACUUGGGUUUCAUUCAAUGUAUUUCUUAAGUGGUUUUAAUUCAUUUUAAAUUUAUUCUGUCAUUUCGCAUAGUUUGCAUGUUCUCCCGAUGUGUCCAACCAUAAAACAUGUAUGUGUGGUUCACUGGUUGCUCUUAGAAGUGGGUGCAUGGUUGGUUGAGGACUGGUGGUGACCCACUGACCCCUGGUAGAGGCACCAGACCCUCUGUGACUAAGCAAAAGGGAUGGGCUUAUUGGACUCUGGCACUUUUAAAUCUCCAUAUAUGAUAUAUCAGUGCAGCUUUUAACAUCUUUGGAAUUCAAUUGAAAAAUGGCUUGAAAGUAAACUUGAUAGCAGUAAAGUUCUCUUUAUUCCCACAAAAAAAAAAAA